CUCUCUCAUUGGUGAGGUCAUGAUGAUGUAGGCCUCCCAGUGCAUCCAUCACGGGCUCAGAUCGCUGCAGACACCCACGCACUCCCUUCCCGAUCGACAUAUCACAGUAGGGGUUGUGGAGUUCGGAACACUGCCGGGUUGGAUUUCCAAGCAGCUCUACCAAAGUACCUUAAGGGAGGGUGGCCGAGACCCCGUUUUCUUUGUCCUAUAUAUAACUCACGAAGCCCCGCCCUUCUCUGCACCGAACCAUCACAUAUUAUACCACUACAGCCUCUACUUCGCCACCAGUAGUGUAUAACGUAGCAAAAGCGUUACACUAGCAUCAAGAAACUCACCUGAAUUAGCACUUCAUCAACCCGACCAUGGCAGACAAAAUGCCCUCAGGCAACGAGCCGCGCGCCACUCGGUCCGACUCGACCGCCUCGGCCAGCUCAGCAACAAGCGGACCCCCGGUGUCGGAUCGCGAGCUGCCUCGCGAGAUGCCUCUGCCGCCUCCCUUCGCCACCAAGGUGCCGGUGCCCUCGUGGGCCGGCGGCAGUUCCAAGGAGCAGCAGCAGAACGCUCGCCGCAAGUCCUCCCACGUUCUCUUCGAGGGUCUGACAGCCCAGAAGCGCAAGGGCGAUCCCGAGUCGGUCGCCCGCCGCCAGAGCUUUAACGAGCAGCGGCCCCCGCCGGGCUUCAUCGGCCAGAUGUGGAACAGCUGGGUGCGUGGCGACAAAUGAUCGGACUUUGACGGGAACGAAAGGGGUGUUUGCUAUCACAAGAACAAAGUAAACAUAAAUGUAACUUCAGUGGGAAGGUCGAGAUCCAACGAGGCGUCGUUGACAUUCGGAGUUUCAUGCGAGAUUCAAGGGAAGAACAACGUCAAACACCACUCGGCGAAGAACGUGCUUUGUCGACGCCGGAACAGGAUAACAGCAAGAUGGGGUUUUGCGUUUAUGUCUGUCACGUAUUCCUGUACCUAUGGUCAGCAAAUUGUGGGUUCUUCUUGAUAUUCACCUGGUGACGGGUCAAGCGUCCGGCAUGCCUUGUAUUGGCUGGCUCUCCAACGUAAUCCGCCCGCACUUGAUGUACCUAGAAUGUCACAUCAUCAGCCAACAUUGAAUAUCCAAGGUAACUUGUACAGGUUGUAACAAGCCCUAUAAUCCUGCUAGAGGC